AUGGCUGCUACCAAUGGCACCCCCGCCAACGACUUCACCGUCAAGGCCGGCCUCGCCCAGAUGUUGAAGGGUGGCGUGAUCAUGGACGUGGUCAAUGCCGAGCAAGCUCGCAUCGCUGAAGAAGCCGGUGCCGCUGCCGUUAUGGCGCUCGAACGUGUCCCGGCCGAUAUCCGCGUCCAGGGCGGCGUGGCGCGCAUGUCUGACCCUAGCAUGAUCAAGGAGAUCAUGGAGGCUGUGACCAUCCCCGUGAUGGCUAAGGCUCGCAUUGGCCACUUUGUUGAGUGUCAGAUCCUCGAGGCCAUUGGCGUUGACUACAUCGACGAGUCGGAGGUACUCACCCCCGCCGACGACGUCUACCACGUCACCAAGUCCGGCUUCAAGGCCCCCUUCGUCUGCGGGUGCCGCAACCUUGGAGAGGCACUCCGCCGCAUCUCCGAAGGCGCCGCCAUGAUCCGCACGAAGGGUGAAGCGGGCACAGGCGACGUCGUCGAAGCGGUCAAGCACAUGCGCACUGUGAAUGCGCAGAUCUCCCGCGCGCGCGGCAUCCUGCUCGCGAGCCAGGACCCCGAGCCCGAGCUGCGUGCCUUUGCGCGCGAGAUCGAGGCCCCCUACGAGCUGGUCCGCGAGUGUGCGGAGAAGGGCCGGCUGCCGGUUGUUAACUUUGCUGCUGGCGGUGUGGCUACCCCUGCAGAUGCGGCGCUGAUGAUGCAGCUUGGUUGUGAUGGAGUUUUUGUGGGAUCGGGGAUUUUCAAGUCGGGCGAUGCGAAGAAGCGCGCCAGGGCUAUUGUCCAGGCCGUUACGCACUACAAGGAUGCCAAGGUGCUGGCGGAGGUUAGCCAAGGGCUGGGUGAGGCCAUGGUCGGUAUUAAUGUCAAGUCGAUGGCUGAGGGGGACAAGUUGGCUGGUCGCGGCUGGUAG